ACCGCAAUAUGAUACAUUAUCAACACACAUGAUAGUAGUUAGCUACAUGCUAAGGCUAACUUUUUUCUGUGUUAAUGAUAAAAUAACGUUAUGUACUUUCUCGAUUACAACCUCCGUUUAUAAAGAUUACAUAGAGCUGCACGUACACGUUGGAUUCGCCGCGUUUGGGUGUUAAUGUAGGUUCACAAAGCCAUCAGCAUUAACAGUAAAGCAACGUCCGCCAUUGUUGUUGUGUUUGUGUUUGCUGCUGCUGUGCUAAAGUUGCUGGGACACGUGACACUUAUACAGUGACGUCAGACUCGGCUCUGUGAUGGCUCUCUAGCCGGUGGAAAGGCAAACCGGUUCUUAGAAGGUUCGCCAGUGGAACCAACUUUGAACCAGCACCAGUGCUGGCUCUGAACCAGCACCCGGUUCUUUUUUGUGGAAAGGAGGCCUAAAUGACCUGUACCAGACGCUACAGUGCAAAGGGACGAUAGUCAUUGAGGCAGGACACUGUAGACUUCUUUGGGUCAGGAACUAUGGUGGUAGUUUUGAGGCACGUAGGAACAAUGGCGCUGCUCAGGGAAAUGUUGAAGAUGUCCGUAAAGACAUCUGCUAGCUGUUCUGCACAUUCUCUGAGCACCCUGCCAGGAAUGUUGUCUGGUCCUGCAGCCUUCCGUGGGUUAACUCUGUAUAGAGAUCUCCUCACAUCGGCCGUGAAUAGACAGAGUACCUGGUCGUCGGGGGGAGGGAUGGUCUUCCUUGGCGUUACGUUGUUCUGUACCUCGAAUCGAGCGUAGAAAUCGUUCAGCGCGUCUGGGAGGGAGGCGUCAGGGCAGGCAGCAAACAAUCAGAGAAUCAAGGCAAAGAAACUGAGUCAAAAAACCGGAAUCGAAACAGACAGGAAACGCUCAGAAUGACUGCCAAAGCAAGUCAAAACUUCGCACUGAGGUCAAGUUCAAGUUCGUAUUUAUACCUGCCGGCUGAAAGGAAACAGCUGGCACAGCAAUCAGACUUCGCGAUGGGUGUUGGGAGGUGUAGUCGGGAAACGGUUAAUAUUCCGGGGACGCUUCUCUCUGUUGUCGGUCGGGAAGCGAGGCAGGUGCGCUGAUCGUUACACUAACAUUUUGGUUUGAUUAAUAUGCACCUAUCACGCUCUAGAGCUGGGAUUUUAGCUGGAAUGCUUUUUCACACCCUAAAACAGUAUUGGCAAUGAUUUUGAAAUUCUAUAUCGCAGAAUCUAUGCAUAAUAGGGUAAAACUAAUCUCCAUCCAAAGUUAAUAUUGAGUUUUCUUAAACGAAUAUUGAAUUUGGUGAGAAUCGGAUUUGGGGAAAAUUUUCGUCCAAAAACACGCUUAGCAUUUUGAGUAUUUUUUUGACCAAAAAAUGUACAUUGUCUGAUCUUCUUCAAACUUGCACUAUGUGUAAAGGGGGGUUAAAACUAACAUUUUGGUCAGAUUUAUAUGCACCUAACAUGCUCGAGAGCUGAGAUAUUAGCUGGAAUGCAUUUUUAUACCCUUAUGCACUAUCGGCAAUGAUUUUGAAAUGCUAUAUCACAAAAUCUUUGCAUAAUAGGAUGACACUUAUCCCAAGUUAAUAUUCAGUUUUCUUACACAUGUACUGAAUUUAGAGGAAAUCAGAUUUGGGGAAAGAUUUCGGGCAAAAACACCUAGAACCACUGGCUUAGCAUUUUGACUAUUUUUUUGAAACCUGAUACAUAAAACCCUUCUUUCUGUCUUCUACCACAACAUCCCUCUGAUAGCAUUUCUUCUAUAUUCAGAGCUGAUAUAGAACUUAGCAUGAAACAUAGAAGACCGUAGAAAUUUAGUGCUCUCCCUAACUCCCUGAACCACCACUAACCCCCAUCUCAGCCUCUUCUAAACCCCCUCUAACCAUCAUCCACACCAGUAAUGUACAGUUUGUUAAGGCAUUUAUGCCAUAGCUCUUUAACAAUAAUAACAUUACUCUGUGAUUAAUUAUUCUGGAAAUAAUAAAUACUAACAAUAAAAUUAACCUUCAUUAAAUUACAGCUGGAACUGCCCAUGCUACUAAAAUAAUACUAAUAAAAUAGUCCUGAAAUAUUUAAAAAUAAAGCACAAUUUAUUCCAAUUACAUUUGAGCAUUCAUUAUCAUAUCUCAUAUCUGCACUACAGUAAGUUUACAGUUUAUAAAUAGCUUUUUAAAUAAUCAAUAAAUUUUAUUUUUUUUGUUCAACACUCAUGUCUCUGGUGUCUCUUUCUUGUAAAACAUCAUAAGCAUUUCUCAUUGCUUUCUCCUAUAUUUACACUGUAGAAAUUUUCUAUCAGCUGAAACCUCAGUGUUCAGAAGUAAUUACACUGUUUUCCUCUAACAAGCAAAUAUUUUUGCCAGCUGUCUGAACCUGUUAAAUCUGUAUAAUUAACAAUCUGGUGUUGUAGUGACACAUAAACUGAUAACAAGUGAAUCUCAAGAUGCAAUUUUGCUAUUACAUGUUAUGUUAAUUCUCACAAGUGAUUACAGCAUGUUGGUCAACUAAUUAAUUUACAGAAGAGACCUUGGAGCUAACGCACCAUGAGGAAGAAAUUUAUACGGUCUUCUGUGUUUCAUUCCUGAAGUUCUAAAAAUGCUAAGUUCAAAAGUGUUGCGGUGGUGAAGCUCGCAAGGAUUACCGAGUAUAAUAUUUCUACAGUGCUAUUUUGCUUGUUCUCUGCCUCCAAUUGUGGAUUUUCAUCCCUACACCGACUCUACACUGGCAGCGAUGAUGAACUUCGGAGGAGACGCGAUGCAGCACCAGAAUGUGGAUCCCGAGCCCGAAUGGAGUGGACUGUACAACCCCUGGAACAGUGACUUACUGACUUUUCUCUUUUUUUCACUUAAGUAUCAAGUGUUUACAGGGCUUUUAUCUAUAUCACUAAACCAGCGAAAACGCAAUGAGGAAUCUGGUUUUAUGUGGUUUAGAGAAACGCGACCUGUUCGGCUAAUCGUUAUUAGGCUAAUCGAUUUACAUACACGAUCAUUAUGCUAAAGUUAGCGGACAUAAAGUUACAACGCUACAGUCAAUAAUGACAGUGUCAAGGCCAACAGACUCGAUUGCAAGUGUCACUAAAUAUAAUAGUUUUAACUUGUUCUUAAAGUCUACUUGGAGUUUAUUAAAGUCAAGCCAAUUAGGAAUGUUAGCAAGAUUAGUUAGACGGCUAGUUAGCACAGCUAAUUAUUUUGUGUUGUCAGUUUUGCGUUACAGAAAUGGAUUCAUAAACAGUAUAACGAUAGUCUAAAACGUUAAACCAUUUGGCAAAACGUUUUAAGUCCACUGUAUAAUAUCUAAGCCUAUGGUUUUUAAAAACACAAGCUGGUGGUAAAAAUGAAGCCAAUAUUUAUUCUCAUACAGAAUUGUCUUUGUACAUAUUUAUGUAUAUCUCACAAGAAGAAAUAAAAAAGGAUGAAAUUCCUUAAUUGUUUAUGUUAUGAAGAUAUUCCUGAGAUCGAUUUUUCAGUUUCAUUUGCUGUUAAAGCUGAGUUUGAAAGGUGCUGUUUGGAAAGGCAGCUAACUGAGCAAAGCUCAAUCAGUACAUUUAAAUAGAGCUAGUGUGGCAAUGUACAGUGCAGAUUAUCCAAAAGUAUAAAGUUGCUGUUUAAAUUCUGGACAGCAAGGUUUUGUAUAUCACUAUAUUGUAUAAUAAAUUAUUUUCGUGUAAAGCCGGUUUAUAGUGAGAUUUUCCUGCUAUACAAAACAGACACUGUGCUAUUAGACAGGUUUCUGCUUCCUUUUAUCAGAUGGUACUAGAUUUGUCGCAUUGAUUGUUCAUCUCUUUUGACACAGGGAGAUGGAGAGAGACGGCUGAAACUUUUUCUGGGGAUGAGCUCUACUACAGCAGAGAGCUCAGCGAACAGGCCGACCAAAGGAAGCACGUGAUGGUGGUGAGCAUGAGGUGUUGAACCCAUCCCCUAUCCCCUUUGACUGAUAUAAAGAGCUGAGCCUGUAAACCGGCGGCGCUAAGACCCUGUGAAUUCACCUCACGCGUGCACGGAUGUCGGUGCUCUCGUGUGCUCCUCUAGUGCAAGCUCUUAGUCCACACAGCUACAAUCGCAGUUGUCAGCACUUGAGUAUCAGAGUGCAAAACCAGACAUGGCUGCGAACCGGGUGGGAAGACGGUAUAACAGCAAAGUGCACUCGCCGAGCAGAGGCUCCGGCAGGGAAUCAGGUCUGAAUGUGCAGAAGAGACAAGCACGAGUUACUGUGAAAUAUAACAGAAAGGAGCUGCAGAGGCGUCUGGAUGUAGAGAAGUGGAUAGACUCGGGGUUAGACGAGCUCUAUUUGGGACGGGAAGAGCACAUGCCAGAGGAGGUGAAUAUUGAUGAGCUUUUGGACCUGCAGAGUGAUGAUGAGAGGACCAAAAGGCUCCAGGAUAUUCUCCAUGCCUGUAAAUCUAACACAGAAGUAUUUAUUAAGGAGCUGGUCCUGAAGCUUCAUGGGUUGCAGAAACAGGAAGACCUCCAUAAUGAUGGCAUUGAGCAUCCACAUCUCCACAUCUUCCCUAAUCGCCAAAACUCAGCCAAUUCCGAAAUACUUUAAGAUGCUCUGUCAGCACCUGCAGCUUGUAUGGACAGACCUUUUCGUUUAAUCUUACCACUGACCUGACACUGUUUUUUGUAUUUUUUUGUGUGUUCUGUAAUUUUAACACAGACUGCAACUAAAAUGCAUGCAGAGCAUCCAGAUGGAGCUAAUUCAGCACUCAACCCUGUAAAACCACAUACAAAACACACACACAAACAUUUAUUUAUUGACUUUUAACAUGACCAUUAAUGCUUGGUUGUUUAAAAGUUUUACAAGUAUGAAAGAAUGAGCUUUUUUAUUCCUACUGUAUGAGCAGUUCACAGCUUUUUUUAGUAAUUGGUGAAGGGUUAUGUAACUAGUAAACACUUUCUUCAUGUGGUCCCGGUAUGAAUUGUGAGACUUUUCCACUUGUUGUGGUAACCUUUGCAUUAUAUCCUCUGAGAACCUGGAAUUAUUUUUGAUGCAUAAAUGAUUAAGAAAUAUAUACAAUAUGUUCAUUACAUACAAAUAGAUAUACAGCAUGUAUCACAAAAAUAUGAAAUAAUCCAAAUUUUACAGCUCCCAUGUAAAAAUGAGAGAAAUGUUACACAGACCCUUAAUAUUCCAAGCUUGUCAUAAAUAGUUCACUGAUGUUUGAAGCUCUACAACCCAGAAGCAAAUCAUGUGUUGAUGUUAACUCUGUUGUCACUGGACUAAACUGGAAAGAAAACUAUUGAAAAUGUGCUGGUUCGAACAUGGUGAUUUUACUGUGCAGGACCAAAGAAUUUGUUUAAUGUGUCUCAUUUUAAUGUGUAUUUAAUGUCUUUAUGAUUUUUUUGUUUGUCCUGAUAAUUAUUAUUAUUAUUAUUAUUAUUAUUAUUAUUAUUAUUAUUAUUAUUAUUGUUGUUGUUACUGUUUUGUUCCUCUGUAGAAGCUUAAUUGCAUGUACACUGGGCACAAGGCAUUUGCGUGAUUGAGUAUGAGGCAUUUAGUAGCCACGCCACCUUCCAACAUUGUUUUUUAAAGAUGAAGGAAACCAGAGAACCCAGAGGAAAGCUAUGUGAAGGAGCAAAGAAGUGAGCCUCCAUAAUAAAUAAGAGCUGUGACUUGGCAGUGCUACCUACUGA